UAAUCGAUAUUAAGCGAGUCAGGGCGCCACUAGCAGAAGAACGUGAUUACCGUGUCGGCUCUUGUAUCUGUAAAAGUCGAGAAAACAUACAAUCUUCUGUUGAAGUAUCUUCAAAUAAGAAAAUAAUUAAAAAUGGCAGGAGACUCAGGAGAUGGAGCAAAAUUGACUGGACUGUCCAAAUAUUUCAAUAGUUCGACAAUGUACGGUCGAGCGAACGUGGCAAAAGCAACGUACGUUGCCAUGGCUUUGAUUGCUGGUUACGUCUGGCUGAAGCCUAAAAGCAAAAAGCAAGAGAAUGCUUAAAAUCUGCAAAUGUAAAUCGUACGCAGUUUCGUCUUAUGUAAUGAAUGUCCAAUGCAAGUCCUGUAAUAUAAUUUCAUGCCUAUUGAAAUAAAUACGUAGACUAGAUGUUAUCCAUUAUCAUUACGUUUGAUAUACGUUGACUUUUUCAAUCAUACAUUUAAAAAUUACAUUGUUACAAUAAACAACAAUCAACUACA